AUGGCUUCGGACACGAAGAAGCACGCCGCCAAAUCGCCCGCACUCGACGUGCCACCCGAGCCGCCGUUCAAACGAUUGAAGCUCUCCCCUCAGCCGGGAAAACGAGCGCAGAACGGGCAUCACUCCAGCACACCCGCCUCACCCUCGGCCGACUUCCCUCUUGUCGCCGAUCUGGCCGAACAACUCGACACCCAAGAGCGCAACAAGUACGUCAAGGGCAAGAAGCUCGGCAGUGGUCAGUAUGCCGACGUCUUCUCCGCCCAUCUGGUUGAGGACCCCACGAAACUCGUCGCGAUCAAGAAAAUCAAGGUCGGGGAUGAGAUCAAAGAGAUGGGCAUAUCAUAUGAUAGCUUGAGGGAAAUCAAGUUCCUGCAGGAAUUGGACCACCCGAACAUCAUCAAGCUGUUUGCGGUCUACUCGACGAAGGACCAGAAUCUGAAUCUAGUGUUGGAGCAGCUUCCGCAGGGGGAUCUAUUGAAGUUGAUCCAUGAUACCAGCAUCAUGUACACGGCCAGCGAUGUCAAGUCUUGGAUGUUAAUGCUGUGUAGGGCAGUCCAUUUCUGCCACGCAAACUUCGUUCUACACCGGGACAUCAAGCCCAACAAUCUACUCAUCGCUGCGAAUGGACAGAUCAAAUUGGCAGAUUUCGGUCUGGCUAGGAGUUUUGCGGAUCCCUACGCAUUGAUGACGCCCACCACCAUCACCAUCUGGUAUCGCCCUCCAGAACUUUUCUUCGGCGCUCGACACUAUGGUGGCGCGGUGGAUGUCUGGUCCUGCGGCUGUGUCUUUGCCGAAUUGGCCAACCGCGAGGUUCUCUUCCGCGCCUGGCCCGAGAGCACCCUCAACAUGCUCGAGCUCAUCAACCAGAAAGUUGGCACGCCCACAGACGAGAACUGGCCUGGCGUCUCGAAACUGCCAGAGUACGUCAAGUCGUCGACACAGUAUGCUGUCAAAUCGAAAGACUAUUGGAGGGAGACGUUUAGAACUUCAGGCGAGACGGGUGUCGAUCUCAUGAUGAAGAUGCUACUGCUGGAUCCCAGGAAGCGAUUGACUGCCCAGGGGAUCCUGGAGCAUGAGUACUGGACCAGCGAGCCCCGGCCGACUCCGUUGAAGGAUUUACCGAGAAAGGGUGGCGGAAUAGAGACAAUGGGCGAGGAUCUGAAGCGGAGGGGAUGCGAGCUGCCAGUGGAGGAAGAAGGGAGGGAGCGAGGCGACAAGGUCGCCAGGAAAAUUGACUUUGGGAUCGGGCGAUGA